AUGACCAAAAAUGAAAAGAGAUGGUUUUCCUUGGCCAGCAGAAAGACAAAGAAGAAGGAAGGAGGUGCCAAAAGGGCUCAAAGAGCCUCCUCCAAUGUUUUCUCCAUGUUUGAACAAACCCAGAUCCAAGAGUUUAAAGAGGCUUUCACACUUAUUGACCAAAACCGGGACGGAUUCAUCGAUAAAGAGGAUCUCAAGGACACAUAUGCCUCUUUGGGAAAGCUUAACGUGAAGGACAAUGAACUUGAAGACAUGCUGAAAGAAGCCACGGGCCCAAUUAACUUCACCAUGUUCCUCAACCUGUUUGGAGAAAAGCUGCAUGGCACAGAUCCUGAAGAUACCAUCGUAAAUGCUUUCAAAAUGUUUGAUCCUGAUGCCAGAGGUUACAUACACAAAGACGAAUUACAGAAAUUACUGAUGACACAAGCAGACAGGUUUUCAUCUGAGGAGGUUAAACAGAUGUUCCAAUCAUCCAAUAUUGAUGCUGCAGGGAACUUGGAUUACAAAUCUCUGUGUUACAUUAUCACACAUGGGGAGGAACAGGAAGAAUAAAGGAUCCAUCAUGAACAUCAUCGUGGAUGUGUAAAUGAAGCUGUUGCAGUGGGUUUGCUGCACAGCGGGUGCCAACACCUCUCUGUCCUGGUUGUAGAUUAA